CACACACACACACACACACACAGAAGAGCAGGGACCAACAGACAAGCAGGCGGUGGACACAGACAAGAGCUGGGAGGGAAGGGACCAGGGGCUAGUGAUUUGUGUGCACUCCAGUUCCCAGAGACAUCCCCUUCCCAGAGAUCCCUCUGCAGCCUUGAGUGCUGCGGAGCCCAGUCUGAUGCAGGCAGCCUGGCUGCUUGGGGCCCUGGUGGUCCCUCAGCUCCUGGGCUUCAGCCAAGGGGCUAGAGGAGCAGACCGGGAAUGGGAGGGGGUCUGGGGAGGCGCCCAAGAGGAGGAGCGUGAGAGGGAAGCCCUGAUGCUGAAGCAUUUGCAGGAGGCCCUGGGGCUGCCAGCUGGGAGGGGGGAUGAAAAUCCUGAGGGAAUCCCUGAAAACAAGGAGACCUGGGGGACCGAGGAGGACGAUCAGGGGGAGGAAGAGGAGGAAGCAACGGCAACCCCGUACUCUGGCCCCAGUCCCUCUCCCACCCCUGAGGACACCGUCACUUAUAUCCUGGGCCGCCUGGCCGGCCUGGACGCAGGCCUGCACCAGCUGCACGUCCGUCUGCACGCGUUAGACACCCGCAUGGUCGAGUUGACUCGGGGGCUGCGGCAGCUGCGGGAGGCGGCAGGCGACACCCGCGACGCCGUGGAAGCCCUGCAGGAGGCGCAGAGCCGCGCGGAGCGCGAGCACGGCCGCUUAGAGGGCUGCCUGAAGGGGCUGCGCCUUGGCCACAAGUGCUUUCUGCUAUCGCGCGACUUCGAGGCCCAGGCAGCGGCGCAGGCGCGGUGUGUGGCGCGGGGCGGGAGCCUGGCGCAGCCCGCGGACCGCCAGCAGAUGGAGGCGCUCACCCGCUACCUGCGCGCGGCGCUCGCGCCUUAUAACUGGCCAGUGUGGCUGGGCGUGCACGACAGGCGCGCCGAGGGACUAUACCUCUUCGAGAACGGCCAGCGCGUGUCCUUCUUCGCCUGGCACCGCGCGCCCCGUCCGGAGCCCGGCGCCGGGCCCAGCCCCGCGCCGCACCCGCUCAGCCCCAACCAGCCCAACGGCGGCACGCUGGAGAACUGCGUGGCGCAGGCCUCGGACGACGGCUCCUGGUGGGACCACGACUGCGAACGCCGCCUCUACUACGUCUGCGAGUACCCCUUCUAGCGGGGCCGGUCCUCGCGUCUCCAGUCCAGCCCACCCCUCGCCCUCUGGCUGGGCUGUUCGUCCUGGAGAAUGCCCUUCCCGCCCUCUCUCCCUGCCCACGGAUGGAAGUGUGUACCCCCCCUUGGCUGGGCGAUCCCGGGGGGCCUUCUGCGGAGCCGAGAGCCCUUACUCGCCUGUGUCUUUCUUGGCAUCAGGCUAAGUUCCGCGCUAAUAAAGCCUUCUGGAAUCUGA